GCCACUGCAACACGUCCGAGCCUUACCUCAAGAUUUCCGAUGGCGCCCUCCACCACCGUCCCCACAGUUUCGGACAUUGAAGUGCCCGAGACUUUCCUCAAAAAACGCAAGCAAAACGAGAAGGCCCGGGAAGAGCGCAUUGUCGCCGCGACUGCAGCACGCAAGGCUGCCAAGGCUAAACGAAAAGUCAUUUUCAAGCGGGCUGAGAGCUAUGUGAAGGAGUACCUUACAAAAGAGAAGGAGGAGAUCCGGCUGAAGAGAGCUGCACGGACAGCUGGCGAUUUCUAUGUCCCUGCUCAACCUAAAGUUUACUUUGUCAUUCGUAUUCGUGGUAUUAACGAGAUCGCCCCAAAACCCCGUAAAAUCCUUCAGCUCCUCCGUCUUCUUCAAAUCAACAACGGUGUCUUUGUCAAGGUCACCAAGGCGACUCAACAGAUGCUUCGUCUAGUGGAACCAUACAUUACCUACGGCGAGCCUAACUUGAAGUCUGUUCGUGAACUGAUCUACAAGCGUGGUUACGGCAAAGUUAGCAAGCAACGCAUUCCUCUCACGAAUAACGGCAUCAUCGAACAGACGCUUGGCAAAUACGACAUCCUCUCAGUAGAGGACCUCGUACAUGAAAUCAUCAACGCUGGACCCAACUUCAAACAGGCUUCGAACUUCCUAUGGCCGUUCAAGCUUUCUAACCCUACUGGUGGCUGGAGGAUCCGCAAGUUCAAGCACUACGUCCAGGGUGGUGACUUUGGUGACCGAGAAACCAACAUCAACAAGUUGAUCCGGCAAAUGAAUUGAUCAUUCAAUGCUUUGUUAUCAGGGGGCACGGUCUCGCCAGCGGUGUCUAGUCGGAUGGAGAAAAUGUGCGGAUGGAGGGUUUUAUGCGUGCCUUUUAUGCUUAUGACUUUUCGCAUGGCAUGGAAUAAUUUGUUUUUCCCCUUUGCCUUGUAUGCACCAUAUGACAAGCGCUUCCGAAGAGUACCAUGUUGUGUUUUGAGGACCUGAUUCGUGCCUGGCGUACUGCAGACACUAAAGUACUGCCGAUUCGACUGCUGGA